AGGAAAAACUGAAGUCUGCACUGUGCAGGCGAGAAUCAAGAUCGAAACGGGAAACACGACACUUUUCACCCCUGCACUGCAUCUUCCUCCCAUCCAAAAAAGAAAAGAAAAGAAAGACCUUGCAGAGACGAGGACGACACAGCAAGAGGACAUGCACGGCCACCAUACAGUACAAGUAGCUCUAGCCUGAUCAGCAGCAAGCAGUAUAGGUUUCAGCUGUAUUGUUCUUGCGUCUUGUCCCUAGCUAAAGCUUGUCCUCUCAAUUGUUCUCUUCUUGUGGGCGUACGUGGUGUCGAGAGGAGAAGAUCGAUGGGGAGGACGCCGUGCUGCGACAGGGAGGCGGUGAAGAGGGGGCCCUGGUCGCCGGAGGAGGACGCCGCGCUGCGCGACUACAUCCAGCGCCACGGCACCGGCGGCAACUGGAUCUCCCUCCCCGCCAAGGCCGGGCUGAGGAGGUGCGGCAAGAGCUGCCGGCUGCGGUGGCUCAACUACCUCCGCCCCGACAUCCGCCACGGCGGCUUCACCGACGAGGAGGACGCCGUCAUCGUCUCCCUCUACGCCAAGCUCGGCAGCAAGUGGUCGACGAUCGCGGCGCAGCUGGAGAGGAGGACGGACAACGACGUCAAGAACCACUGGAACACCAAGCUCAAGAGGCGCCUCGCCACCGCCGCCGCCGUAGUCUCCGCGCCGCGCCUACUGCCUCUCCCCGCCGCGGCGCCGUCUCCACUGCCGCCGUCCGUCCCCGCCGCGCACCCGUCGUCGUCGUCGUCGUCGCUGCUGCUCCUCCCGCUCGCCAUGCCGACUGUCAAGACCGAGACGUACACCUGCGGCGACUUCCUACGGGUGCCGCCGACCGCCGCCGCGGCGCUCCACGACCCUUUCGCCGGGUGCGCUGACGCCGCAACCGACGGCUCGACGUCGGCUUCCGCCGCCUCGUCAGCCUCCAACUGGUCGGCGGACACCGGCGUCGUCGUCGGCGGCGGGGGUGCCGGCCUGUUCCCGGACUUCUGCAUGAGCUCCGACCUCACCGCCGGCGCCGCCACGGCGGAGGACGACCACUUCCUCGGCGGCUACUACUACCCUCUCGAUCCGAGCUUGUCACUAGUAGAGUAAAUUCACCGCCUUUAAUUUCAAAGAUCGAACAGUAGUGAUAGGAUCAGGACAUGCCACAUCUACGUGUUCUUCAUGAUCGAUCGAUCGAACACGUUUAAUUAGCACAACUGCACAAGUACUCGACCAUGAGAAAAAAAUUCAGAUGCAAAAACCACCUGCUACCAACAAAAAAAAAGCUACUUUCUUGAGCUUCAAAUGUGGCAUUUACAUGUUCAUCUAGACUGAAAUUUUAAAUUUUUUUUUGCUUGACAUGUUUUCAUUGGGAAUAAACAGUAUUAGAUAGAUGCUGCUGAGGAUCGGAUGAUUAGCAAAUGCAUCGGAUGAAUCGCUUUCGUCCAUGAUGUGCACUGCUCUGCGAGUGGGGAAAAUCAAUUCACGGUCACAGAAAGAGCCUGUAAUUACAAUUUUGCAACUUUAUUUUAUGGUAAUUCUGAGCAGACAGCAAUGGCCCACACGAGCGACAAAAUUGGGUGGUACAGUACUGUAUUAGUUCAUAGCAGCAGCAGAGUACGCCUCGUACAUGGUUAGCAGGGUACGACGCUUGUGAUGAUGGAAGAGGCGAGUUCUUUUUUGUGCUUUGUUUAGCAUGAUUUUGAUCAGUACUUUGUUUGUGUCAGGCGGUAAAUUUUAUAUUUUUUUUCCUGCUUCUGCUUGACUGAAGAUUGUAUUGAACAGCAAAACGUGUCUGAACUCUGAACACAGACUACAACAUUUGGUCCAAAGAAAAUGUCUUUCUGCAGCGCAGAAUCAUGUGGAGGAAGAGGGGUUAAUUUGAUCGAAUAGGGCUGAGCUGGU